AUGGACAUCAAAGAUGCGGCAAUGAUAUCCAACAAUACACAUCUCACAGUCCAUGCGUACCUUACAACGAAGUCAAAUACUGAUGAAGUGACCAAUAUGUGGGACGUGGACGUGGUGGCUCCUAAGAAAACCGCAGAUAAUGAUUUGAAGAUAGAGAAGGACGAAUACUUUGAAAAGCGGAAACAGAAGCAUGUGAACAACUGGAACAUGGCAAACCUGCAAGAAUUUGACGAACCUACAGAGUUGAGUAGAGUCCAUCUCGGAGACAAUUUCAUCACGGUCCUGCCACCGGAUUAUGAUCCCAAAGUGAAAACUACGCAAGAGGCAGUAGGAGAAGAAAUGCGAGUAAGGAAAGCGUUGGAAGAGAAAGGACAAAAAUUGCUCGGAGAAAUAUGA